GAUGAAGUGAUAAAGUUGAAGAAAUGGUAUAAAGACUUAACAUUUGUCAGCAUAAUCGUGCAUUGAAUCAUCACAGCCAGGUUAAAUUGGCCACUUCGGCUCAAUCACAGCAAUGGAGGAAUAUUAUGAAAUUUUGGAAAAUCGUUGGAGUGAGAUGAGAGCGGUUUCUCUGGUCUUCUUCUACCUGACUUUGAUCCUCGGUGUUCCUGGAAAUGCAUUUGUCGUGUAUGUUGCUGGAUUGAAGAUGAAGAGGACUGUUAAUACAGUAGGGUUUCUCAAUCUAGCGAUCGCCGACUUCUUCUGCUGCCUUUCCACUCUUUACUACGUGAUCAAGAGCACUUUUGAUGGACAAUGGCCGUUUGGAUCUAUCAUGUGCAAGAUUUUCAACUUCAUCAUGCUCAUCACCAUGUUUGCCAGCGUUUACACCUUAAACUUGAUCAGUCUGGACCGGUUUACUCAGGUGCUCACACCGGUUUGGGCUCAAAAUCAUCGCAGCCUGUUCAUCGCUCGACUGUCCUGCGCAGCCGUCUGGAUUCUGGCUGCUGCUCUUAGUCUGCCUUUUAUGAUGUUGAGAGAGACUCACACAAUAAAUAACAAAACGUACUGUCUGUAUCAUAAACUCGAUGAUGAACAUUUUAAAAUGUAUGGAAGGUUGAGCGUCAUCAGUUUUGUGUUCGGUUUUCUGGUUCCUCUCGUGUGCAUCACAACAUGCUACGGAUUCAUCGCACGCAAGUUAGGCAGGAGUCAGUUUCGCUCUGGACGAGCGUUUCGCAUCAUGACGGCUGUAAUCGUGGCCUUUUUUCUCUGCUGGCUGCCGUAUCAUAUAGUAGAUUUGAUAAUAAUGUAUGGAGAGAAAUCCAGUUCCUCUGUGGCUUCGUCAUUGGAUCCGUUGACCAUUUCUUUGGCGUAUUUCAACAGCUGUCUGAACCCCGUUCUCUAUGUUUUCAUGGGACAGGAUUUUAAGAGCAACAUUAAACAUUCUGUAAGACAUGCUUUUGAAAGAGUUUUCUCUGAGGAGGAAGCACAAAUAACACAAAACACACACUCACAGCAAACACACUCACUGUAGUGAACUCAUUUAUUCAAUUAUUUGUAUUACUGUACUAAAAGUACUUUAUUAUAUCUCUUCAGAAGUCAAGUCAAACUCAGGAAGCUUUUUUUUGGUUUUUAUUCAUGACUCCUGUUUUUUUUCUCUAUUAUUUAUAUAUUUCCAGUCAGUUGGGUUUAACUGUUUCCAAAACUGAAACCUAAAGUUUGUAAUAUUUCACUAAUAUUGGGUAAUUUCCUGAAAUCAUGAAGAUAAACAUUGCUCAAAAACGUUGCCCCAUGCUUUAUCAUCCUAAAACAUAUUUUUCUAAAACUUUUUCAUAUUUCAGUGCUAUAUAAUUUUUCUUUUAUUUGCAUUCCCCCUCACUUUUGUGUUAUAUGGACUUCAUAUAAACAUAAAUAACAAAACAAAAUCACAAAUUACAAUCAAAGUGUUAUGUAUUUAAAAAAAACAUUUAUGCAAGUGCAAAAAUAAUGAUGUUUAAAUAUGUAUUUAUUGGAAAGUUCAUUAAACAUGCAAUUCAUUUUAAGUAAAUAUUAUUCAUAAUUAGUGCAAAUAGUUUAAUUGUCCUAACAACAGUUCUCUGGAUCAAGUAGCAGAAGCAUAUAAUGUUUUAAGUGAACCUUUUUUGUAGCAGAAAUGAUUACCAGAAGUAGUGUAUCGAUUCGGCAGGUUAGUGGGUUAUGUAUAUUUUCAAUAUGCUGUAGUCACAGACUUUUUCAGAGACAUAUUAUGAUGAUUAUUAAGGUCAGAAUGAACAUGUUUUGAUUCAU